AGUGGUGUCGGCAAAUCAACUGCUCGCAUUGGCGAUGGUCCAAUUUUGACACUGGAAAAAGUUGAACGUCAACAGGCCGGCAUUUAUCAGUGUACCGCAGAUAAUGGUGUUGGAGAACCAGUUAGUGUUGAUAUCAGAUUGGAUGUUUUGUAUCCCCCAGACAUUCAAGUGGAAAAAUCAUGGAUACACUCGGGCGAAGGCUUUGAAGCGAAAUUAGUGUGUAUUGUUUAUGCUGAUCCUAUUGCAUCGGUUUCAUGGUACCAAAAUUCAUUUUUGAUACAGUCAACUGAUAGGCGCAUUAUGUCAUCAAGAGGAAAUCGUCACACCUUGACCAUACGGCACAUUCAACAAGAAGAUUUUGGCAACUAUAG